CGCUAUGGACGUCUAGACUGCUCACUCCUACCCGCGUGCUACCCCAGAGACCGAGAGCAAGCGCUGCCUUCGUGCUAUGCAACCGAACGAGUGACGGACGGAAUGGACUCUUUCGGCCCCAUGGAAUCACAGUUCCUACAGUGUUCCAUUCGCACUCCUCAUGUAGGUACGUUACGAGUUAGCGGCAGUUAUGGAUAUGUUUACCCAUACAUACCUACCUUACCUACAUAUGCAUCUAGCUUCCUUCUCUCUCCUCGAAUUAGCUUCUUAUUCUCCUUGCCGAGUUGCCGACUGUGUGUUCCUUUUGCUCUUUGCUUGUUGUGCCUGGCCAUUCUUGUUAUUGCUGUGUCUUCGCUCUUUACGAGGUGUUUUAUUGCUCUACGCUUUACAAGUUUAGGGCAACACUGCCAUCAUCACUGGCGACGUUUACGGCAUCUUCCAACAAGUAGUGUGGUAUCCGACGUCAGGUUGUCAACCUUAACCAUCAAGGUAUGUGUGGAGUUGUUUUAUAGGUCCAGUCCAAGUCCCUUGAAAGAUCAUGGCAUGACAGGAUCCACUGAUUUUCGUGGACAAAACGUGGGAGAGGCCCGCUGAAUGGAAAUAAGGUUUGGCCUCCACCCACGAUCUACAGAUCCUUCCCUGGCUGGCAUGAUGAUCAUAAACAUGGUUCAAGUCAGCGGGGAUAUCUAAGCAUUCAAGAACCAUGAUCU